CGCGGCCGCAGCCCGCCGGGGCUGUGCGCGGCUCGCGGGGCCGGCGGCGGCGGCAUCAUGACGGCCGUCGGGGCGCGGUCUGAUUAAUGGCCGGAAGGAGCCCUGUUAACUUAUUUUCUUCGCUGCUCUCCCCUAAGGCGCAGAGGCUGCUGCCGCACAGAAGACUGCAGAAGGCUUUCUUUGAGGUGUUCAUCAGGAGCCUCAUCAUCCUGUGCGUGGCCAUAGCCGUGGUCUUGUCGUCCAUCUCCGUCUGCGACGGCCGCUGGCUUUUCGCGAGGGGGGAGCUCUUUGGGCUCUGGCACUUCUGCACUGUUAGCAACAGCAGCGUCCUGAAAUGCGUCACCGACCUGAGCCUGGCUGAUGUGGAAGGGAUGAACGUGGGGAUGAUACUCAUCAGGAGCAUGGUGGCUUUUGCUGUCGUGGUAGCCAUAUUCGGCCUGGAGCUCCUGAUGGUCUCCCAGGUCUGCGAAGAUGCCAACUCUAGGCGAAAGUGGUCACUGGGCUCAGUUCUCAUCCUUGUCUCCUUUUUGCUGUCAUCUGCUGGAGUCCUGAGCUUCUCAAUCCUCCUGAGGGAUCACAUCAUCUUCACAGGCUUCUCGCUGACGUACUGGUGCGAGUUCAUUGCUGCCUUCCUCUUCUUCCUCAACGGGAUCAGUGGACUCCACAUCAACAGCCUCACGUACCCGUGGAGCGGGCUAGGGAAAAUCUAGGUGCCGAGGGUGCUCUCUGCCUUUGCGUAAGCAGCUGUGCCAAACAGACUGGAAGAAGAGGGAGCCUAAUGAAGUCUGAAAAGGACGUUGCGUCUCGCACUGUGUGCCCGGAGGGAAAGCGCCGGUCUGUUGGGCGGUUUGAUCUUGGGCGAUGGACACCCUGACCAGCGUGGAGGACCGCACAGCAUGAGCAGAGCGGCAGCAAGGACUGGCUGCUGCUGAAAUACAGCUUUCUGGAGCAACAGAUCGAGAUGUUUUCCCGUUACACGUAUAGAAUAGCCAACAGCAGCCUACACAAGCACGCUCGGUGGUGAGGCUUAUGCACAGCCUGUACUGUUACAGGUUUGGUAAUGUUGGGCUUCCCCCAUCCUCUGGAGCCCAUGAAACCCGUGUGACAACUUCAGUGUCUCUUGCACCCGUUCGGUAUCAGGGACAGAUUAUUUGCGCUUCUCUGCACUCCUCAGCUGUUGCAGGGCAUUGCUCUUCCUGGGCGUCUUUGCCGUCCUUUCAGGGAAAGAGGAACGAGCUCUGCGUGGGCUUUGGGCAGGGGUUGCGGCCGGGCAGACCGUGCUGCCGUUCUGCUUCUUGGCACGCUGCGCUUCUGGCGUGCCUUUGGGUCACGGGGUUUCCCACCAGGGCAGCGGCAGGCAGGCUCAUCCCGGAGCAUCGCCGCUGGGAUGAGCGAACUGCAGAUCUGCCCGAUGGCACUGAGCCCUUCUCCGCGCGGGAUUAACAACGGGUUGGGGGGAGAAACCCGCUCUGCUUUAACGCUUGUUUUGUGUCCGCUGGUGAGACUUCCUGUGUUUUAGUCUCAAGACAAAUGUUCAUAUGUGCCUCAUCUCGGUAGUGUAACUUUUCUACAGUAAUGUUGCUAAGCGUUACCCGAGAUGCAGCUUCGGGCCAGGUCUAGUCGUGAGGCUUGCUCAGGUCAGCGCCCCUUGGGCUUUUGCGCCCUUCUGUGCUUUUCGGCGUCUAUCCCGGAUAAGACGGCACGCUGAGCUGCGUUACCCAGCACAGCUCCCGAAUCCCUCGGGGUGUUUGGGGCUCUGUCGGAGCUUCCUGACCUUCUCUCAAGGACAACGAAUUCUGGGAUCGUGCCCUUAACCUGCCUCUGGAAAACUGCACUGUGAUUGUAUCCCCUUUUAAAGGUGCUUUUGAUUUGCCGAAUUGCACUGUUCAAAGCAUGCCAGUGGACUGACCUUGCAGACGCCGUACGGCUGGUGCUGUUGGCUUUAGUGGAAACACUUGACCCCAGGGAAAGUCUGCAAGGUUCAGCCCCAGAUUGUUGCACUUUGAUGUUAGCAGUUGGUGGAGUGCCUUAAAUGACCAAUGAACCUGUUCUGGUGGAUGCCCAUGCUGCACCCCAACACGAGACAAGGGCCUGGGUGUCCUUGGCCUGUCUGGAAACCUGGAACAUAACUUCACCAAGUGCCUUUUUGCUGGCACCCAAAAUCUUGUGUGUGCUCCCUUUGGUCCCCGUGGGACAUGGUGCCUUUAGCCUGCAGAGCCUGGCCUUGGGGGAAGGCAGGGGGAAACCAGACCAUGUCUCUGUCUGGAGCCUCCUGCCCCACGUCGGGGAGGAGAUGGUCCGCAGCUGGCCAUUGAGUUCACGUAAGACUCAGCAGGGUUGUUAAUGACUUGAGGAUGCCCUCUGCUAGCUGAAGAAGAGGCCUUUUGUUGGGAUACAGAAUGAAUCCUCUAGCAAAAAUAGAUUAAAAAAAAAAAAUCGAACCAGCUUUGUAUAAUACUGCUUGACUUCUUCUUUCUGAGUAAAGAGGCAUUUUGGUGGCUAAAUACUACAAAGCAGGAUUUAUUGUCUUAGAUUGUUAUAUACCACAACCUAUGUAGCAAGCAACUGGUAACUCUUCACUUUCUGAAACCUGCUGA